CCCGGGCGCCCCGCGGCGAGGGCCUCCCGAGGCCCGGCACCAGGGACCAUGAAAGUGAGGUCAGCUGGCGGUGACGGAGAUGCGCUGUGUGUUUCAGAAGAGGAGCUGGCUGGUGACGAGGACAUGCCGUCCUUCCCGUGCACACAAGAGGGCCCGCUGGGGCCCCGCUGUAGCCGCUGCCAGAAGAACCUGUCUUUGCACACGUCCGUGAGGAUUCUUUACCUCUUCCUGGCUCUGCUCUUGGUGGCCGUGGUCGUGCUGGCUUCUCUGGUUUUCAGGAAAGUAGACUCUCUCUCAGAAGACAUCUCCCUGGCCCAGGCCAUUUAUGACAAGAAGCUUGUGUCUAUGCAGGAAAAUCUCCAGGGACUUGAUCUGAAAACCCCAAACAACUGCUCUUUCUGCCAUGAGGCCGGGCAGCUGGGGCAAGAAAUCAGAAAACUGCAGGAGGAGCUGGAGGGAAUUCAGAAGAUGCUUCUGGCUCAGGAGGUCCAGCUGGACCAGACCUCUCAGACCCAUGAACUGCUCUCCACCACCAGCAGUCAGAUCUCCCAGGAGAUGGGCAAUUGUUCUUUCUCCAUCCACCAGGUCAACCAGUCUCUGGGGCUCUUCCUGACUCAAGUGAGAGGCUGGCAGGCCACCACAGCCGGCCUGGACCUCUCCCUGAAGGACCUCACCCAGGAGUGCUACGACAUCAGGGCUGCAGUGCACCAGAUCAACUUCACCGUGGGGCAGACUACAGAAUGGAUCCAUGGGAUCCGCCGGAAGACAGACGAGGAAACCCUGACUCUCCAGAAGAUUGUCACCGACUGGCAGAACUACACCCGGCUCUUCAGCAGCCUGCGCACCACCUCGGCCAAGACCGGAGAAGUGGUCAAGAACAUCCAGGCCACCCUGGGGGCCUCCUCACAGCGCAUCAGCCAGAAUUCCGAGAGCAUGCACGACCUGGUGAUACAGGUCAUGGGCUUGCAGCUACAGCUGGAUAACAUCUCAUCCUUCCUGGACGACCACGAAGAGAACAUGCACGACCUGCAGUACCACACCCGCUAUGCCCAGAACCGCACAGUAGAGAGGUUCGAGACCCUGGAAGGACGCAUGGCCUCUCACGAGAUCGAGAUUGGCACCAUCUUCACCAACAUCAAUGCCACCGACAGCCACGUGCACAGCAUGCUCAAGUACCUGGACGACGUUCGGCUGUCCUGCACGCUGGGCUUCCACACGCACGCCGAAGAGCUCUACUACCUGAACAAGUCCGUCUCCCUCAUGCUGGGCACCACGGACCUGCUCCGGGAGCGCUUCAGCUUGCUCAGUGCCCGUCUGGACUUCAACGUCCGCAACCUGUCCAUGAUCGUGGAGGAGAUGAAGGCCGUGGAUACGCAGCAUGGAGAAAUCCUUCGCAACGUCACCAUUGUACGAGGUGCCCCCGGCCCUCCAGGACCAAGAGGACUCAAAGGAGACAUGGGUUUGAAAGGACCUGUUGGUGGCAGAGGACCAAAAGGAGACCCUGGCAGCUUGGGCCCCCCGGGCCCCCAGGGUCCUCAGGGGCAACCUGGGGAAAUUGGACCCAUGGGAGAAAGGGGGCCGGUUGGCCUGCGAGGCUUCCCAGGCCUCAAAGGUUCGAAGGGCAGUUUUGGAACUGGAGGCCCAAGAGGACAGCCAGGCCCCAAAGGGGAUGUGGGGCCCCCAGGGCCAGAGGGGCCCCCAGGGUCUCCAGGACCAGAGGGGCCUCAGGGAAAACCGGGGAUUGCGGGGAAGACGGGUUCACCAGGCCAGCGGGGACCCGUGGGACCUAAGGGCGAACCAGGGAUCCAGGGUCCCCCUGGCCUUCCUGGGCCCCCAGGCCCACCAGGAAGCCAGAUUCACUACUGAGGAGGGUCCCCAGUUCCAGAUACUGCCACACAGAAUGCCGGGAAGGGGCUGAGGGCAGUGAGCUCCCAGAAAGCCUCACAUACAGACAGUUGUGUUCCUUUGAUCCCGAAAGGGGUUGCCACCAGGCCUGCCCUGCACAUUUGGGCUCCCCAUUAGUGACUGUACCAUGGAAAGCAGCCCCUCACAGACAGACAGACAGACAGACAGACACACACACACACACACACACACACACACACAUUUCCCUGCUGGCCAGGGGGGCCAACUGGGUUUCCCUGGCUGGGCAGGAGGAGAGGGCAGAAGACCUCCCUCUCCUGUGACUGAGCCAGCCAGGGAGGUGGCUACCUCGGGAGGAAGGUCUUGACUCUGUCUCUGAAUUGGUGACCAACUUCAGGCUUUCCAGCAUCUUCACACCCAUCUCAGCCAGUACUUUCCUGGGUCUCCCAGUGGUUGAAAAGACCCAGGGAAACCUUUACAGGGGAUUAUAUUUCAAACUCCAAAGACAGGGUGGAUUUGGCAACUGGCAGACCCACCCCAUAACCAUGGGAGCAGAUCCUGGGACCUGCCUGUCUCACACAGGACAGAGGAAUCCACCAUGGCCAUCAUUCUUGGGCCCUGCACACUGUGCCCCCAGGAGCUCAGCAAUUUUCCCCCCACAUCUCCAGAAAAUUCCUUGCUUCAGCCUUGCCUCCACCUCUCAGAAGCAUUCCAGAAGAAAUCUAAACAGGAGUUUCACCUGUGCAGGGACCUUCUCCAGGCACUGGGGCAUUCUGCUACAGUGGCACCCAGCAUGUGGAAGAUGGCAGAGGGGUGGUGAAGGCUGUGGUCACUGGGCUGCCUGGAGAGCUGCUCCGUCGCUGUCCAUUCCUGGGGUGGGCCCUCUGUGGUGGCUGGGGGAGGGCUGACCCCCGAUAACAGGGCAGUUCUCCGUUCUGCACCCAGAUCUCCUGCCCACUGACCUCUCCCCACUGUGACACGGAAUGGCCCACAGCCUCUCUGUGUGAGUAGCACAACCGAAUGAGAAGGGACAGACCUGAACAUCCACAAGAGGCUCAUUCGGAUGUCCCCCCUCGCCCAUCUCCAGCUUUCUGGGCACCCUGGCGGAAAGGAGCACGGAGGAAGUUCCCCCAGCAGGAAGAAGGCUGCUCAUAGGCUCAACUUGCUGUGAGGUGGCCCCACCUUUGUGUUCCAGCAGAGCCUGACCACCCCGGGGUGCGGCGCGGAGCUGUCUCCUCCCCGGCCUGACUCGGAGAGCAGCCCCUCUUCCCCUUCCAGCAGCCUUGAUGCCGCCUCCCUUCUCGUAAUAGAUGUGCAACUGGUUUGCACUCCUCCCGUCCCCACUGCCAUGUAAUUCUCCUGUCUACAUAUGAUAUCGUGCAGCAUAGUAUUAAUGACUCAGUAAAGAGCUGUUUCCAAGA